UAAGUAAUUGGUGUGCCAAAUGUAGCCCAACUUCAAAUUCAACGAUCCUAUAAAAAAAAGCAGUCUUCUAAACCCUAGUUUCAUUCUUCUACCUCAUCCAAGCGUCGUCGCAAGGCAGAUCGGAAAAGGUAAUGGCUCCAAAGCAGCAAAACAGUGGGAUAUUUGUUGGGUUGAAAAAGGGGCAUGUCGUUACCCCAAAGGAGUUAGCGCCACGCCCGUCUGAGAGGAAGGGUAAAACAAGCAAGAGAGUGCAUUUUGUGAGGAGUCUCAUCAGAGAAGUGGCUGGGUUUGCACCUUAUGAGAAGAGGAUCACUGAACUUCUCAAAGUCGGGAAGGACAAGAGGGCUUUGAAGGUAGCUAAGAGAAAAUUGGGCACCCACAAGAGGGCAAAAAAGAAGAGAGAGGAGAUGUCUGGUGCUCUCCGCAAAAUGAGGGCCGCCGGAGGUGGUGAGAAGAAGAAGUGAGAUCUAUUUCUGUUAUUUGCAUUCGGUGAGAUGUUUGGAACUCGUUGGCCUAAAACUUCAAUGUUCUUUGUUCGUCAUUUAGAAAUUAUGAUCACAAACACACAUAUUUUAGUUUUAGCGCCUACUUAUGUUCCGUUUGUCUGAUUUCUUCUUAUAUCAAUGAAAACCUGAGCUAAUUUCCCGUA